AUGUUACUAAGAUAUUACGUGAACGAAGAGGAACGGCCAUCUGAAGAGUGUCCAGUUGGCAAAGCUAAAUAUUGUGACUUCGCCGUGGGGUUGACAAGUGAAAUAUGUGGUGCUAGAAAAUUAAUAGAUACUACUUAUGACAAUGUAAGGGGCACUGCUGAUAUUGGAGAAUAUCCAUGGCAUGUUACCAUCUUAGAACGUAUUAGCAGUGCAAGUUAUCGCACUGCUGGUGCGGGAGUUCUAAUAACAAGUAGUCAUGUUUUGACUGUUGCUCAUAAAAUUAAAUCGAUACCAUCCAGUUCAAUAAGAAUUCAUAUAGGAGAUAGUCUUGGAUAUGGAGACGAUGCUUCCUGUCAAGUAUAUGAUUACCAAGCUCGUUAUGUUAUAAUUCACCCAAAAUUUAAGUCUAAAACAGCACCGAAUAAUUUAGCAGUGAUAAGACUCUCUGAAUCCGUGCCAUUAGCCAUCAGCCCUCAUAUAAAUAUCGCAUGUUUGCCACAAGGAGCUCCUAAACCAAAAAGAAGAUGUUGGGUAUCAGGAUGGAAUGAAGAAGAUUUUGAUCCUUCUGGACGUUUUAAUAAGCCAUUAAAAGAAGUUGAUGUUCCGAUUGUUGAUGCUAAUAUAUGUGAAGAGCGUCUGCAAACUACAAGACUAACGCACAAUUAUAAAUUGGAUAAAAGGAGCUUUAUUUGUGCCGGUGCUGAACCAGGAAAAUAUACAUCUGACGGUGAUGAUGGUGCUCCACUGGUUUGUGAACGAGAAAACGGUCGGUGGGAAGUUAUGGGAUUGUUUGCUUGGACUGUUGGUUAUGGAUCAACGAUACCUGGAAUUUAUAUAAACAUCAAUAAUUACGUUGAUUGGAUUCGAGAACAAAUAGUCAAUUCAUCUUAA